UAUUUAUUUGACGUUUCGGAAAAAUACGACUAAAAUAUCUUUAACACUCUAUUUAAAUUUAAAUAAGUAUUUUAUUUAAAAUGUCGGAUGGCGAUGAUGAUUUCAUGUGUGAGGAAGAAGAAGAUUAUGGUUUGGAAUAUUCAGAAGAUAGUAAUUCUGAGCCUGAUGUCGAUUUGGAGAAUCAGUACUAUAAUAGCAAAGCCCUCAAAGAAGACGAUCCUGAUACUGCAUUAUGUAGUUUUCAAAAAGUGUUAGAUCUUGAAGGUGGUGAGAAGGGUGAAUGGGGCUUCAAAGCACUCAAGCAAAUGAUUAAAAUCAAUUUUAAACUUAACAACUAUAAUGAAAUGAUGAUAAGAUACAAACAGUUACUCACAUAUAUUAAAAGUGCAGUGACUAGAAAUCAUUCAGAAAAAUCUAUUAAUUCGAUAUUGGAUUACAUUUCCACAUCUAGAAAUAUGGAGCUAUUACAAGACUUUUAUGAAACAACAUUAGAUGCUUUAAAAGAUGCCAAGAAUGACAGACUAUGGUUUAAGACAAAUACAAAAUUGGGAAAACUGUAUUUUGAUAGAUCUGAUUUCACAAAAUUAGCGAAAAUUCUUAAACAAUUACAUCUUUCUUGCCAGACUGACGAUGGUGAAGAUGAUUUGAAGAAAGGUACUCAGCUUCUUGAAAUAUAUGCUUUGGAAAUUCAAAUGUAUACAGCUCAAAAAAAUAAUAAAAAGUUGAAGACUCUUUAUGAGCAGUCAUUGCAUAUUAAGUCUGCAAUUCCUCAUCCAUUAAUUAUGGGUGUUAUAAGAGAGUGUGGAGGCAAAAUGCAUUUACGAGAAGGAGAAUUUGAGAAAGCUCAUACGGAUUUUUUUGAAGCAUUUAAGAACUAUGAUGAAAGUGGAUCACCAAGAAGAACUACUUGUUUGAAAUAUCUUGUUUUGGCUAAUAUGUUAAUGAAAUCAGGAAUUAAUCCAUUUGAUUCACAAGAAGCAAAACCAUAUAAAAAUGAUCCUGAAAUUCUUGCUAUGACAAAUCUAGUUGUUUCCUAUCAAAAUAAUGAUAUUAAUGAAUUUGAAGCAAUUUUAAAGCAUAAUAGAAACAAUAUAAUGGAUGAUCCAUUCAUUAGAGAGCAUAUUGAAGAUUUGUUGCGAAAUAUUCGCACUCAAGUAUUAAUUAAGUUGAUUAAACCUUACACUCGCAUACACAUACCAUUUAUCUCAAAAGAACUGAAUAUUGAUACUGAAGAAGUUGAAAGUUUAUUAGUGUCUUGCAUUUUGGACAGUACAAUUCAAGGCAGAAUAGAUCAAGUAAAUCAAGUACUAGAACUUGAUAAAGAAUCUAGAUGUGCAGCGAGAUAUAAUGCCUUGGAUAAAUGGACAAAUCAAUUAAAUUCCCUGCACCUUGCUGUGGUGAAUAAAAUGGCAUAAGCUUAGUAUAAAUGAUUUUAU